AUGCCUGCCAACACCCGCAUUCAGUCUUCAGCUUCAAAGCUCCAUAAUCUGCUUGUACCCCGGCCUCCAACACCGUGUCUGCUUCCACUGCGCUCCAUCUGGCAGCCCGCUGCGAUUCAUACUCCAAGAAGCGUGCAGGCACGUCUGAACAGCGGCCUGGGCAAAGAGUGGAAGGGUACUGGGGCGGAGGAUAAUGCAGUUAACCGGGCAGAGAAAAGUGAUACCACAGACCCAACAACAGAUGCAUCAGCAUCUGUCAUGCAGGACAGAAAGGAGGGCGGGGGUAACGACGCAAAGCCUCAGGGAGCAACAGAAAAGGGAGGCAGUCAGCAUGGGAAGAAGGCGAAGCAGGAGCAUCCGAAGGCACCAGAGCCAAUUAUUGGAAUGAAUGAUGAGAGAGGCCAUAAGGGUCAUUAAGCCCAGGAUCAUAUAAUGAUAAUUGGAAAAGCUCAGAAGCGGUUUAAGUGGGACUGGAAGACGCUAGUCUUGGAGCUAUAUCAUCUCAGUACUUGUGUUUCAUUAUCAUGUUGACUGUACAUAAAAUCUUGAAUAGCAGGAUCUAUCGACCAGGUUUGAACGACAGCACCUAAAAUAAGAAGGUUAGCUUUGGC